AUGGAAAUCAACGAUGUACCGACCGAUUCGAGGCAGACUGAGCUCUGUCUAGUGGCAUGGAUAUUUACUGGCAUGGCGAUUGUCACCGUCCUGACCAAACCCUUUACAACGAUAGUCAUCUUCAGAAGACCUGGAUGGGACGACCUAUUGAUUCUUUUAUCAUUGAUUGGAAGCAUUGUUGCCUCGACUCUGGUGCAGGCCUCUUCGGAUCUUGGUUUGGGCCGACACACAGCUUCUGUCGCCGCGGAGCCCGGUGGCGUACAGAAGAUGGUCAAGACCAAGAUUCUUCAGGUUGUUCUAGCUUUCAACAUCAUGGCCUACAGUCUUCCCAACGUUGCCAUCUUGAUCCUCAUCGAACGUCUAGUCGGCAAAACGAAAACAAUGACCCGCCGAUUCCUUCGUGCCGUCGUAGCAAUACAGAUUAUUCUCGCCGUGAUAUCGAUCGUAAUCAUCUUUGCACAAUGCCGACCUACCAAGAUGUUAUGGGACCAGUCAGCCAAGGGGGAAUGCUGGAGUCCAGACGUCUUUAACCGCUCGUCGUAUGUCGUCAGCAGUUUUACAGUCUUGACUGAUCUUGUCCUCGCCGUUGUACCGACUCGUGCAUUUUGGAAACUACAACUGAAGAGACAAGAGAAAUUGGAGAUCACAUUUAUGUUGGGCUUGACGUUCCUCUCCGCCAUUUUCACCAUCAUCAAGGUAACGUACUUGUAUACUUUUAAUGAUCGAACAGAUCCUUUAUACAACGUCGUAACUUUGAUCAUUUGGGGCUUGGUUGAACAAAACGUCGUAAUCAUGGCUGCAAGCGUCCCGACCUUGAGGCCACUCAUCCGACUUAUCAAGGACAAACAUCCGAUGCGUAGCGCAGUUGGUUACAUCAGGAGUGGCAGCGGAGCUGACCCGAAGCAUAACGAGUCGGUCUCUGAGGUUCCUCUGGGAGACAUGAAACCCAAGCCGGAGAAGGAGAGUCAACUCAGUCUCGAACGGCACAGUUCUACAGAAGAGCUGAACAGAGAUGCGUCGAGGCUAUGA